AUGGGGGAAUGCAGGGGAAUGUCCAGUGACAGAAACAGUGCCACUCAGGAGGCCGACCGGGAGGCCAAUGGCAGAGUCAAAGGAACUCUGGGAGCGGAUUGCGUGGUCAAACCUCCUGAGCUUCCAUCUAUUCAUCUAAACUCCGACUCUGUGCCAAAUAAAUCUGAUCGAGUUCUCACUGCCGGCACUGCCUUCAUCCUCAGCUGCCAUGGUAUUGAGCCAGUUCAGUGGUCCUCCACUGCAUUUUUACUGGCAUACCAAGGCAACUUGCCGGACCCUGUGAAGAUCAAAGCUAAACCCAGGCACACUGGGACGUACACCUGCAGGUACUCCAACCAGAGCCUGGAACACCUCAACGCUUGGAUCCACCUUUAUAUCAAAGACCCGAGUGAUCGUCACACCAUGUUCGUCACCCCUCGGAGCAGCAUCAUCAGUCUCAAGGAGGGCGAAGACUUCCUGUUUAAGUGUCUGCUGACUGACCCGUCGGUCACAAAUCUUACUCUCCAAUCAGAGGACAGGAGUACCCUGCCAUCUGGCAUGAACGUGACCAUUGACCCUCGAAGAGGAGCUCUAAUCCGAGACGUGAAGCUGUCGUUCAACGGACGCUAUGCUUGUUCAGGCUGGAAGGACGGAAGACAGUUCAGAUCCAAUCCUGUUGACCUCCUGGUGCUUCCCGUGUUGCACCGCCCCCCUUCCCUGUCUGUCAGUCAGGAUGAAUUUGUCCUUCUGGAAGGAGAGCGCUUUGAGGUCACGUGUCUCAGUAAUAACCCCUCUCACUUCUACAGCGUCACCUGGAGAGAUGCAAACAUGCAGAAACUGGAAGCCACUCUCAGUCGCAAGUAUUGGAACAAACGGUUGUACAUUAACAGCACUCUGAGCAUCUCUGAGGUCACCCAAAGGCACAGUGGACAGUACACCUGUACAGCAGUUAAUGAGGUCGGGGACACCACAGCAACCACACAGCUCAAAGUGCUAGACCGUCCUUACCUGAAAAUCUACCUGCAGAUGAGCGAGCCCGUACAGGUCAGAGGACACCUGUCUGCAGCGGAUGAGCGACCAGUUAACACUGACAGCAGGUCACAGGAACUGAUCGCUAAUGCUAGCACUAACAGAACUAGCAGUGCUAACGUUAGUGGCAGCAGCAGAGUGGAGGUGGAUGAAGGUCAUGAUGUGGCACUCACCUUCCUGCUGGAGGCAUAUCCUCCAAUCACAAGCCAGCACUGGACCACACCCACACACAUAAUCAAUAAUUACAGCACAAUAUACCAGGAGAGCUACACUGCUAAUGGCUACAGGUCAGAGGCUACCCUGCUGCUGCACCGUGUGCGUCCGGAGGAUCGGGGUCAAUACGAGUUUCAUUUUUCUAACUCAUUCUUCAGCGGCUCACAGACCAUCAACCUCCAAAUCUACCGUUCUCCGACUGCUUCUGUCACUCUGAAGAAUGACACUCUGAUCUGCAACAGCUCCGGAUAUCCACGACCCACAAUUUUCUGGGUCACAUGCCCCGGCAUCCAGCCCUCGUGUGCACACAUCACUGCCAGUGAGAUUUCCCCAGUCAGUUGGGCCUCACAGGAGGGAAAGAAUGGUGAGGAGGUGACAUCACACUUCCUUCUAUUAGCUGAUGGGGAUGUCACUGUGGAGUGUGUCGCCUCCAACCUCGUGGGACAGUCUCGGCUAGUCUUCCAUCAUCGGCAUGCAACUGUCUUUACUCCGGCUCUGAUUGGAGCUCUGAGUGCUGCUGUUGUCCUCUUCCUGCUCCUAUUGGUUGUCUUCUACAAGUGCAGACAGAAACCAAAAUACGAGAUUGUCUGGAAGAUCAUCGAGAGCACAGAUGGGAACAACUACACCUUUGUUGACCCGACUCAGCUGCCAUACAACCAGAAGUGGGAGUUUCCCCGAGACAGACUCCGCCUUGGUGCUGUCCUCGGUUCUGGGGCUUUCGGGAAGGUCGUUGAAGCCACAGCGUACGGUUUGGGAACAGACAACAAGGUCACCAGAGUUGCUGUCAAGAUGCUCAAACCGAGCGCUCACUCGGAGGAACGGGAGGCUCUGAUGUCCGAGCUUAAGAUCCUCAGCCAUCUUGGCUACCAUGACAACAUUGUCAACCUGCUGGGAGCUUGCACUCAAGGAGGCCCUAUGUUGAUGAUCACAGAGUACUGUAGCCACGGCGACCUGCUCAACUUCCUGCGGGCUCACGCUCAGGACAUCAUGACAUCCAUGGUGAAUGUGGAUGAAGUGCAGGAAGAGGCUUUCUAUAAAAACAUGGUUGCACAGCAUGCCAGGCUUCGCAGUGACAGCGGCAUCUCGUGUUGCUCAGAUUAUCAGGAGAUGCAGCCGAUUAUGAGUCCAGUGCAAACACAUCAGGGUGUGGAGAUAAACGGUCUUUCAGUCGGUGAUCUCAUGAGUUUUUCCUACCAGGUGUCUCAAGGUCUGGACUUCCUGUCCACCAGGAAUUGCAUCCACAGAGACGUAGCAGCGAGGAACGUCCUGCUGACUGAUCGUCACGUUGCAAAGAUCUGUGACUUCGGUUUGGCCCGAGACAUUCGCAAUGACGACAGCUACAUUGUUCAAGGAAACGCCCGCCUCCCAGUGAAGUGGAUGGCUCCAGAGAGCAUCUUUCAGUGCAUCUACACGGUGCAGAGCGACGUCUGGUCCUAUGGAGUCUUACUCUGGGAGAUCUUCUCUCUGGGUAAGAGCCCUUACCCAAACAUUGCAGUGGACACCAAUUUCUAUAAGAUGAUCAAAGAUGGUGGCCACAUGGAGCAGCCAGACUUUGCCCCGGCUGAGAUGUAUCAACUGAUGAAGCUCUGCUGGAGUCUGGAGCCCACCCACAGACCCACCUUCAAAACCAUUAGUCAGCUCAUCAGCAGAUUCCUCCCCUCCACCAAUGACACAUCAUCACAUUACAGCGACCAGCCAGCAUACAGGAAUAUCAAUGAGUGCAGAGAAGAAGAAGAAGAAGAAGAAGAAGAAGAAGAAGAAGAAGAAGAAGAAGAAGAAGAAGAUGAGGAGGAGAUCAAAGAAGCAACAAUAAAGAGAGAAGAUGAGGGGCCGGAACAUGAUGACGAGGAGGCGACGGAGCCGAAGAUGAAGAACAUCUACCAGCUGUCCUGAUUUGUCCAAUGCUGAGAACAUGGUCAUAUCUUCUCACUGCUGAAAACUUUAUGAACAAAGCUGCAGCUCCAUAAAACCCUGUGUCAUGUCCAUUGUUUUACAGCAUCACAGAAACAGAACAAUGUUUAUGAAUAAGUAAAGAGCAUCUAAGCAAACCUUUUUAAACAACGUUAGGUUAGGUUAGGGUUCAGAACCACUGUGGAGUUUUAAAAUGCUUCCAAACAUGCCUGAAUUUUUCCAAACCACCAAACAAACUGUGAUGUGAUUUUCCUGAUUUCUCUCUGGGUCUUUUUAUGCAUUUAAAUUUUUGUUUUUAAAAGUUUCCAAAUGGACGUUUGAUGUUGAUGAUGAGCGUUUACUGGUCGAUGAUUUUAAAUCUGCUUCUUUACAAACUGUCCUGUUUCUGAUGUUUUGUUUCAGUCUGAAAAUCUGAAUUGAGUUUGAUUUGUUUUGUUUUCUUUAUAAAGUGUCACAACGUUCAGUGUUAAACUUUCAGAAAUGUCUUUUCAGACCUCACAGUGCUGUGUAAUGCAGUGUGUAAUGCAGUGUGUAACGCGGUGUGUAACGGGGUGUGUAGCGCAGUGUAUAAUGCAGUGUGUAACACGGUGUGUAACGCGGUGUGUAACGGGGUGUGUAGCGGGGUGUGUAGCGCAGUGUAUAAUGCAGUGUGUAACACGGUGUGUAACGUAGUGUGUAAUGCAGUCUGUAAAGCAGUGUGUAAUGUGGUGUGUGGUGUGAGUCAGAUUCCUAUAUUUUUUGUGUGCUGUUUCCUUUUAUGCACAGCCUGCUGUGUUCCCGUGUAUCCUGAAAUAUUUCCGCUGUACUAAACUGCUGGUGAUUGCACUGAUUUGUGAGAGAAUAAAGUUUCUGUGAUUUUGUCUGAA